GGACAAAACAAAACCGCGUCUCCCGGCUUCCCCACCGUUCCGCGUGCACUGUCGGUCCCGCCUCGAUCCGAUCGGCGAAAGGAAAGGGAAUGUCGUCGUCGUCGUCGGCGGCGGAACAGCAUGGCCACCAUGCCGUAGGCGGCCGCGAGCUAGUGCCGCUCGCGGCUCUCAUAAAGGAGGAGUCCCGCACCGAGCGGCACGCCGUCACUCGGAGCAGGAUCUGCGCGCGUGAGGAUGGAGGAGUAGGAGGGGAAGUUGGGGAGGCGGAGACGCGGCGGCCACUGCUACGGUAUGGGUGCGCCGCGCAGUCCAAGAAGGGGGAGGACUUCUUCCUACUCAGGACCGACUGCGCGCGCCCCUCUACUUCCUCGUCCUCUUCGACCACCUCGCAUCCCCCCACCUUCGCGGUUUUCGCCGUUCUUGACGGGCAUAACGGCGAUGCCGCUGCAAUAUAUACAAGGGACAAUCUGCUCAACCAUGUCCUGAGCGCGAUGCCACAGGGUCUUUCGCGGGAGGAGUGGUUGCAUUCUCUGCCCCGUGCGCUUGUCGCGGGAUUCGUCAAGACCGACAAGGAAUUCCAAACCAAAGGCCAAACUUCGGGCACAACUGCCACAUUUGCGAUAAUCGAUGGCUGGACUAUCACUGUUGCUUCAGUUGGCGAUUCUCGCUGUAUUUUGGAUGCUCAGGGUGGGGCUGUUUCUUUGCUUACAGUUGAUCACCGACUAGAAGAAAAUGUCGAGGAGAGGGAGCGUGUCACAGCGAGUGGAGGUGAAGUUGGAAGGCUUAGUGUGGUUGGUGGAGCAGAGAUUGGUCCACUGCGAUGCUGGCCAGGAGGUUUGUGCCUAUCCAGAUCCAUUGGAGACAUAGAUGUUGGUGAAUUUAUCGUACCUGUUCCUUAUGUCAAGCAAGUGAAGUUGUCAAAUACUGGUGGGAGGCUUAUUAUUGCUUCAGACGGCAUUUGGGAUGCAUUGUCUUCAGAUGCAGCUGCAAAGUGUUGCAGAGGGUUGCCUGCUGAACUCGCUGCCAAGCAAGUAGUUAAGGAGGCACUCAAGACAAGGGGCCUAAAAGAUGACACGACAUGUGUCGUUGUUGACAUAAUCCCACCUGAUCAAACGAUACGCCCUCUAUCUCCACCGAAAAAGAUGAAUAAGUUGAAGUCCCUGAUUUUUAGGAAAAAAGCAAAGGACCAGCCCAAUAAAUUGACUAAGCAGCUUUCUUCAGUGGGUAUGGUUGAAGAGAUAUUUGAAGAAGGUUCAGCGAUACUAUCAGAGAGGACCAACUUCAGCUCAGGUGUCAGAAAAAACUUUAGUUCCGGAUUUAGGAACAAUCAGUCAGCUUAACUCAAGCUAAUUUGCACAUUGAAUUACAAAUGUAAUCAAAGAGAGGUAGGGAUGGAGGGCGCUGUCUGAAGUCGCUCGGGGGCUCAAACAGGAACUUGUGGCUGAUGUGGAUGGAGAUGGACCGAGUUGGCGAACGGCGCUUCAUGGCUGGACACUGGCGAUGGCCGGUUGUGGGACGCUGGCAAUAGCAGCUUGAGGACGGGGGCCUUGGAGGUGAGGUGUGCAUCCGCCGCUUGGGGUUUGGCUUUGGAUUCGGCAUCGUGUACACUACACUGCCACACUGGUGAUGGUAGAGAGAGAGAGAGAGGGGGGGGGGGAGGACCGAAGAAUCCCUCUUAAUGAGCAGGAUGUGUCAUUGAAGAGGUGGUGAGCUUGGAUUGCGGAGAACCGAAAAGUGCUUUGAUGGGGGAGGCAGUAGACAAUCCCUCUUAAUGUUCAUGAGGAUUCUAAGCGGAUAUAGUAGGUGUUCAAGCCCCGUUGCAACGCACAUGCAAUUACCUAGUAGUUUAAACAUUGUAGUGGGUUGGAACUUUAGUUUAGAACAGACUUUUUCUCCAUUUCUGUUCAACUCAGUGUUUUGUUUUA